UUCAAACCGAAGUGCGGGGCGGUUGGGCUCGGCGGUUGGAGUCGGGGCCGGCGGCCCAGGAAGAUGGAGACUGCGAUGCUGAACUUACGGAGUCUGUAUGAUCAACUUAUGCGCCAGGCUGAAGUUUUAAGUGAAGGAAAUGAAUACCAGUUUAUUCAGUUAGCAAAGAACUUUGAAGAGUAUCGCAGAAAACUGCAGAAGACAGAGCAUGAGCUUGGCAGGUACAAAGAUCUUCUCAUGAAAACUGAAGCUGAACGUAGUGCUUUGGACGUGAAGCUGAAACAUGCUCGCAAUCAAGUGGACGUGGAGAUCAAACGGAGGCAAAAAGCUGAAACGGACUGUGAAAAGCUAGAGCGGCAAAUACAACUGAUUCGAGAGCUGCUCAUGUGUGAUGCCUCUGGCAGUAUUCAGCUAAGUGAAGAGCAGAAGUCUGCCCUCGCCUUUCUUAACAGGCCACAGGUUUCUAUAGGGGGUUCAGGCAACAAAAGGCUGUCUACAAUAGAUGAAUCUGGUUCAAUUCUGUCAGACAUCAGCUUUGACAAGACUGAUGAGUCACUGGACUGGGACUCCUCUGUGGUAAAAGCUGUCAGACUGAAAAGGAGAGAGAAGCGGCGGUCUUCCAGACAGUUCAUUGAAGGCCCUCCGGGUCCUCAGAAGAAAACCAGAUCAAUUGGCUCCACAGCAGACCAGGGAAAUGAAUCCAUAGUAGCAAAGACAACUCUGAUGGUCCCCAAUGAUGGUGGCCCCAUUGAAGCCAUCUCCACUAUCCAGACUGUGCCGUACGGUCUGAGAAGCCGUCGGAAGAGUGGCCCUUUGCAGCCAUGGAGCAGCGAGUCAAGCAUAGGCAGUAAGCAGCUGGAAUCCAAGUCGGAGACUGAUGGCUCUGGCACCCCGCAGCACAAUGCAGGAGUGAGGCUGCAUGAUUUUGUUUCAAAGACGGUUAUCAAGCCAGAAUCAUGCGUUCCGUGUGGAAAGAGAGUAAAAUUUGGAAAAAUCUCUCUGAAAUGCAGAGACUGCCGUGUGGUCGCUCAUCCAGAGUGUCGGGAGCGCUGCCCUCUUCCCUGCAUCCCCACCCUGACGGGCACUCCUGUCAGGAUUGGGGAGGGCACCUUGAUGGACUUUGUCCCUUCUACUCCUCCAAUGAUCCCUUCCAUCAUAGUGCACUGUGUUAAUGAGAUCGAGCAGCGAGGGCUGCAUGAGACAGGCCUUUACCGGAUAUCUGGCUGUGACAAGACAGUGAGGGAACUGAAAGAUAAGUUUCUUAGAGCAAAAAGUGUUCCUUUGCUCAGUAAAGUGGACGAUAUCCAUGCGAUCUGUGGCCUUCUCAAGGACUUUCUACGCAGCCUGAAAGAACCUCUUCUCACUUUCCGGUUAAACAAGACUUUUAUGGAAGCUGCAGAAAUCUCGGAUGAGGACAAUAGUGUCGCUGCUAUGUACCAAGCAGUUGGUGAACUUCCUCAGGCCAAUAGGGACACCCUAGCUUUCCUCAUGAUCCACCUGCAGAGGGUGGCUCAGAGCCCGGAGACUAAAAUGGACAUUACCAACUUGGCCAAAGUCUUUGGCCCCACAAUAGUUGCUCACGCGGUACCUGACCCUGACCCGAUGACACUCCUGCAAGACACUAAGCGGCAGCCCAAGGUGGUGGAGCGACUUCUGCUGCUGCCUAUGGACUACUGGAGCCAGUUGAUGAUGGUGGAGCAAGAAAACAUUGACCCAGCACAUGUAAUUGAGAACAUCAAUGCCUACUCCACUCCACAGACACCAGAUGGUAAAGUGAGCAUGCUUGGACCCCUCACUACUCCGGAACAGCAGCUCUCCAAGACGCCGUCGUCUAGCUCCCUGUCCCAGAGGGUCCGGUCUACCUUCAGCAAAACCACUCCCAAAUUUGGGAGCAAAAGCAAGUCAACAACCCAGCUUGGGCAUCAGGGCAACUUCUUUGCCUCUCCUAUGCUGAAGUGAAGUGGACCUGGGAGUUAGUGUCGUCCUGGCAUUUGCACACCAAUAUGCACGAGUACAAUAAACGCAAGUCCUCGCCGCAGCCCUUGGCAGCUUAUAUAAUAAGAUGUUUUUCCUUUUAUCUUUCAGCUUAACUGAGACUUUUAAUGGGUUUUUAUUGUGCAAUGUAUUUUUAUUAUCUAAUGCUGUGCUGAAUUUAGUAUUGGUAAAGAAAGUAACUAACAAGAUUUGUUCAAAGUGUUAAUUAAAAAUGCUAGAGGAACUCGCUGACACUUUUCAGUAGCAUCCAGUCUUCUAACCAUAUGAAGUGGAACAGUCAUACAAGGAUUGUAAGUUUGUAAUUUGAAUUUUUUUUUUUUUCUUUUUAAAAACUCCAAAGGUGGUUUUUCACACAGCAGUGACACCCCAGUGGAACUUUGCCAGAAUCCAGAAUUUCAGACAGCACCUGGGUCUAAUUCCUGGCUGGUGCUGUGGUUGUGCAGCCUGUAAUCCUGAGGAUGGCAGUGUUGCAUUUGUCUGAUGGGCAAAAGAUGCUCUGUUUAAUUAACUGCCAGAGGGACUGUGACUUCUGAAGAAACCUUUCCUGAUACUGUGUUUACAAGGGGAAGAUUUUGCAGAGGUCUGUCUGUAGCUGCAAACCCAAAGGAUUCCUGGGUAGUCUAAAUGAAUUACUAGUGCUGCUCAUACUGGUGAGGGGAAUGAGGGUAGUUUAAUAGCACCCUUGCUCUUGGGAGUCCCUGCUUUCCAAGAUUGGGAUAUGUGACCUUGCCCAGUGCUGUGUGAAAAGACUCGUGGAACACGUACAAAAGUUUAUACUGUUUUUAUGGCUGUUGUUUUUACUGAGUUCUGGAAAACUGUUCUGACCUGUGCAGUUAAGUAAAUCAUGAUUCUGUGUGA